UAUCUAUCCCUCUCGCUCUCUUUUUCCCAGCCUGGGACCCUCUUUUUACACACUAGCCCAGCAACAGCCAGGUCUUCCACCUGCCUACUGACAGACAGAGUGCUAACCUUCAGAUAAUUAUCUGUCCAUUCAGUUGCACCCAUCUCUCUCUUUUUGUUUGUUUCUCAGUGUGUCAAAGUGUGUUUGUGUGUGUGUGCUCUGUGGGUUUGCGUCUCUUCGGACCAUGUGUGAGUGUCUACGUGGGAUAUUCAGAGUCACCUGGACACCCUCUUCCAAUGCAGACUCUGACAGAGAAUUGGAAGAAAGUAAUGUAUUUACCCAGGCCAGAGAACCAGCCGUGAAAGAGAAAAGGCGGUCUCCCCCUUCGGACAGGCCUCCCACCGCCCCCCACGCCAACCCUCACCACAGUGCCUCCCCAGAGGACCAGGAGAGCCCAGAGAGAGUGGUUCAGAAAGAGAAACUUCAUGCAGAGCUGAAGCAGGUGCUGAGUCUGAAGAGAAGCCACCUGAAAGAGACGUCUCAUUUGGCCGAAGCAGAGAUGGAUUCUUCAACCGAGGCCCAAGCGGUGGAGGAAACUGCAUCUGAGGUGGUGGAGGUUGUGAUGGAGACAGAGGCUGAGGCUGGAGCCAGUGGCUACAGUGUCACAGGUGGAGGGGAGCGAGGCAUCUUCAUUAAGGACGUCCUUAAAGACUCCACAGCAGCAAAGCAUCUUAGCCUCCAGCAAGGAGAUCAGUUGCUCAGUGCAAGAGUCUACUUUGACAAUGUGAAGUAUGAGGAUGCCCUGAAGAUCUUGCAGUGUGCAGAGCCUUAUAAAGUCUCCUUUUUCCUGAAGAGGACGAUCGCCGGUGCUGAUGUCACCAUGCACCCUGGCGCCACCAGCUUGGAACUGAAAGGACCCAAAACCAAGAUGCAGAAAAUGAGUGUCAAGAGCAUCAAACCUUUCAAAGCGAAGAAAAAGAGGGGAGGACGUUUUGGAUUGAAAAGGCUGAAGGAGAACAAGAAAGGGAGCACUGGAGCAGAGUUGGAGAUGGAGGGAUCACCUUCCAAGGUGGAGCUCAACCCCGUUGACGUGGAGUUUGCCUUCCCCAAGUUCAAGCUGAGGAAGGAUGGGAAGGCAGAGGGAACUGAGCAGCAUGGAGGAGUGGUCGCCACUGGCAGGAAGAAGAGAAUGAUAAGGUGUCCCAGGAUGAAAGCAAAUGGUGCUGAGGCGGCUACAGGAGAAGUUGACAUAACAGAACCAGCGGGACAGGCUGAUGUCUCCCUGCCAGACGUGCCUGGAGCUAAAGUCAAAGGAAAGGGCCACAGGUUCGGAAUUCAUUUCCCUAAAACAAAAAAGACUAAAUCAGACACUGCCUUGUCUGAAGGGUCCCUGGACCUGAAACCUCCGGAUGUUAAAUUCACACCACCCUCAGUGGAAUUCAGUUUGCCAUCUGGAAACAAGGACGUUGACCUACAGAAACCAGAUGUGAAAGUCAAGGAGGGGUCAAAAUUGAUGCACCGAGAGGUAGAGCUUUCAUUAAAACUCCCCUCAGCCUGCCACUCUGACGAAAUUGAUGGUGAGAUAAAAGCAAAACGUUUAGCUGAAGGGUCAACAGGGCUAUCUGGCAUUAAAAUGCCAGCUAUUGACAUCUCUGCACCCAACAUAGAUCUACAGCUGGACACCCGGCGUACAGUGCCAGAUGAGACAGAGGGACCCUUUUUUAAAGGGCCAAAUAUAUCCAUGCCCAAAACUGACAUCUCAUUUCCAAAGAUUGGAUCAUCUAACAUGGAUUUUGAAGGUCCAGAAAAGGGUGGAAAAAUUUGCCUGCCAAUUGUUGACAUUUCCCUGCCAAAGAUGAUACCAGCAGAAACCAAUGUUGAUGUGGAAGGACACAUUGGAAAAGGAGGCAAGUUCAAAAUGCCAACUUUCGAUGUUUCUCUUCCAAAAUUCAAGUCUUCAGAGGAGCAUAUGAAUAUAGAGGGGCCUGAAGUCAAAGGGGAGUUGAACAUGCCAAAAGUUGACCUUUUACGCCCGAAAGGUAAAGCAGAGGGAGAGGUGGACAUUGAAGGAUACUUAGGAAAAGGAGGUAAAUUUCAGAUGCCCACAUUUGACAUUUCUCUACCAAAAAUGAAGACAUCAGAGAGAGAAAUGAAUGUAGAAGGACCUGAAGUGAAGGGUGGCAAAAUUAAAAUGCCCUCUAUUGACAUAUCUCUCCCUAAAGGAAAAGCAGAGGGGAAUAUUAACGUUGAGGGACAUUCUGGAAAAGGAGGUAGGUUCAAAAUGCCCUCAUGCGACAUUUCGCUUCCUAAAACAAAGGGUGAUGCCAGGUUAGAGGGACCUGAAUUGAAAGGGGGAAAGUUUGAAAUGCCCACACUUGAUAUUUCCCUUGCCAAAGGAAAAACAGAGGGUGAAGUCAGCAUUGAUGCAAAUGUAGGAAAAGAAGGAAAGUUCUCUCUUCCAAAAAUGAGGUCGUCAGGAACAGAAGUCGAUGUAGAAGGGUUUCAAAUGUCCUCAUUUGAUGUCUCUCUUCCAAAAAUAAAGUUACCAAAGGGUGACAUGAAAAUAGAAGGAUCUGAUGUGAAAGGCAGCACAUUUCAUACGCCCACUAUAGAUUGUUCACUUCCAACAGGAAAAACAGAAGGUGACAUGAGCGUUGAAGGAGAUGCAUCUAAAGGCGGAAAGUUUCACAUGCCUUCACUUGAUAUUUCUGCUCCAAGAGUGAAGUUACCAGAGGGUAAAGCCAAAGUAGAAGGCCCUGAAAUUAAAGGUGGAAAGGCUGAGAUGCCAAAUAUUGAUGUUUCCCUUCCAAAAGGCAAAACAGCGGGAGAAGAUAACAUUGAAGGCCAUGUCAGUAAAGGGGGCAAGUUUAAGAUGCCCAAAUUCGGCAUUUCUUUCCCGAAAUUGAAGUCACCAGAGGGUAAGGUCAACACAGAGGGACCUGAAGUCAAAGGAGGGAAGUUUAAAAUGCCUACAAUUGGCAUUUCGCUACCAAAAGGAAAAGUGGAAGGUGACAUCAAUGUUGAAGGAGAUUCUGAAGCAGGAGGAAAAUUUCAUAUGCCCACAUGUGACAUUUCUCUUCCAAAAAUGAAGUCACCAGAAGCAGAUAUCAGUUUAGAAGGACCAGAAGUCAAGGGAGGAAAGUGUCAUAUGCCAACAAUUGACCUUUCCCUUCCCAAGGGAAAGGGAGCAAUUGACACUGAAGGACAUUCUGGAAAAGGAAGCAAGUUCCAAAUGCCAGCAUUCGAUAUAUCACUUCCAAAAAUGAAGACACCAGGUGGUGAAGUCAGACUAGAAGGCCCUGAAGUCAAAGGGGGGAACAUUAAUAUGCCAAUGAUGAGCAUUUCUCUUCCAAAAGGAAAAAUGGAAGGAGAAGCUAAGGGACAUGCAAGCAAAGGGGGCACAUUUCACAUGCCCUCAAUUGACAUUUCCCUUCCAAAAAUGAAGUUGCCUGAAGGUGAAGUCAAAGUAGAAGGCCCCGAAGCCAGAGGGGGAAAGAUUGAAAUGCCAUCAAUUGAUAUUUUUCGUCCCAAAGGAAAAAUGGAGGGGGAAAUUGACAUUGAAGGACAUUCUGGAAAAGGAGGAAGAUUUCAUAUGCCUACAUUUGACGUUUCCCUUCCAAAAAUGAAGUCACUAGAACCAGAUGUCAGUUUAGAAGGACCGGACAUCAAAGGAGGGAAGUUUCAUGUGCCAACAAUGGACUUUUCCCUUCCCAAGGAAAAGGGUGAGAUUGACACUCAAGGACAGUCUGGAAAUGGAGGCAAGUUCCAAAUGCCAGCAUUGGAUAUAUCACUUCCAAAAAUGAAGACACCAGAAGGAGAAGUCAGCCUAGAAGGCCCUGAUGUGAAAGGUGGAAAGUUUGAAAUGCCAAAGAUUGAUAUUUCCCUUCCAAAAGGAAAAACAGAAGGGGAAAUAGACAUUGAAGGACAUUUGGGGAAAAAAGGAACGUUUCACAUGCCCACAUUCGACAUGUCCUUGCCAAAAAUGAAGUCAAAUGAUGGUGACAUGAAAUUAGAGGGGCCAGAAGUGAAAGGUGGCAAAAUACAUAUGCCUGCCAUUGACAAUUCUCUUCCAAAGGGGAAGGCAGAAUGUGAUCUUCAGGUUGACGGUCAUGGUGGCAAAGGUGGAAAGUUCCACAUGCCCUCAAUUGACAUUUCUCUUCCAAAAAUGAAGUUGCCUGAGGGUGAAGUCAAAGUAGAAGGCCCUGAAGCCAAAGGUGGAAAGUUUGAAAUUCCAACAAUUGAUAUUACACUUCCAAAAGGAAAAGCAGAGGGAGAAAUUGACAUGGAAGGACAUUCUGGAAAAGGAGGAAAGUUUCAUAUGCCAAAGUUUGAUGUAUCGCUACCAAAAAUGAAGCUCCCAGAGGGUGACAUCAAACUAGAGGGACCGGAAGGGAAAGGCAACAAAAUACAUAUACCUAACAUUGACAUUUCUCUUCCUAAAGGGAAAACUGAAGAAGAUCUUGAGGUUGAGGGGCAUGGUGGCAAAGGGGGCAAGUUUCACAUGCCCUCAAAUGACAUUUCCCUUCCUUUUUGGAAGUUGCCUGAAGGUGAAGUCAAAGUAGAAGGCCCCGAAGCCAGAGGUGGAAAUAUUGAAAUGCCAUUGAUUGAUGUUUCACUUCCCAAAGGAAAAAUGGAGGGGGAAAUUGACAUUGAAGGACAUUCUGGAAAAGGAGGAAGAUUUCAUAUGCCUACAUUUGACGUUUCCCUUCCAAAAAUGAAGUCACUAGGACCAGAUGUCAGUUUAGAAGGACCGGACAUCAAAGGAGGGAAGUUUGAAAUGCCAAAGAUUGAUAUUUCACUUCCAAAAGGAAAAGCAGAGGGAGAAACUGACAUUGAAGAACAUUCUGGAAAUGGAGGAAAGUUUCAUAUGACCUCAUUUGAUGUGUCACUACCAAAGAUGAAGCACCCAGUGGGUGAUGUCAAAGAAGGCCUUGAAGUCAAAGGGGGGAAGUUUAAAAUGCCCAAAAUCGAAGCAGAGGGUAGGAGUGGUGUCAAGUUACCAACUGUUAAACUGCCAACAGUAGACAUAUCUGCACCAAAGGUUGACUUAGACUCUGGGCUGUCAAAAGCUAAAGGAGAUGAUAGGGAAGAGGUGGAGCUACUAAAAGCAGAGGGUGGUAGGCCAUCCUCUGGGUCAAGUUUUGACAUGCCAGAUGUCUCUCUUAAAAAGCCAAGAUUUUCUCUCCCUAAAUUUGGUGGAAAGUCUAGUGGAGAUGUAAACCUAGAAGGAUAUGGCACAGAGGAUGAUAUUGAUAUUAGCCCCCCACGAGCGGAAAUUGAGGGCAGACCAGCAUCAGCCGGCGUACGCGGAGAUGGAAAAAUAGAAGGUAAACUAACGAAGCCCAAAAUGAAAAUGCCAAUGUUUGGAAUAUCUAAGAAAGAUGUAUCAAUAGCCAGCCCUGAUGUGGAAAUCAAGACAAAAAAAGGGAAAGUGGACAUUCCAAAGCCAGGGAUCAGUAUAGAACAUCCAGAGGACAAAACAAAUAGAAAAUAUAGACAAAAAUUCCCAAAGUUUAAGAAGUCAUCUCCUAAAGGUAAACUACCAGAGGGAGAAAUAGAUGUCUCAAUGGAUAGUGGAAUGAAAGGGAAAGGUGGCUUUCAUGCACCCGAUGAUACAAUCACAAUGCCAAAGUUCUCCAUGCCAGGGUUUGGCUCACAGGAGAUAGACUUUGACAGGAGUGGACCCGGUGCUGAACUAGAUGUCGAAGGAAAGGUAAAAAUACCAUCAGUGGAGAUAUCCCUGCCAGCUGCCAAGAAAUCUGAGCAAGAAGUGUUACUCCCAAAGGCUGAGGUGGAUGUGUCUGAGGCUGACAUCAGAGGUUAUGAAGGAAACCUGAAAAUCCCUAAAAUGCCAACUAUUGAUGUAUCAGCACCCAAAAUUGACCUUGAUGUAACUCUGCCUAAAAUCAAGCAUGAAACAAAAAUUGAGGGGGAGGGAGGCAAAUUUAAAAUGCCAAACAUCAAAAUGCCUGAUAUAGAUUUAUCACUUCCUAAAGAAAAAACUGGUGACAUUGAUGCAUCCAAGGUUGAAAUUGAAGGAAGGAGUGGAAAAUUCAAGAUGCCUGUCAUUAAAAUGCCAAAGGUUGACAUAUCACUUCCAACAGGAAAACAUAGAGCAAUGGAUGUAUCCACAGCGGAAAUUGAAGGAGAAGGUGUAAAAUUCAAGAUGCCACAUAUGGAAAUGCCAAAUGUUGAUAUAUCACUUACCAAAGGAAAAAGUGGAGGGAUUGAAGGGCCAGAGAUGGAAAUUGAAGGAGGGGGCGGAAAAUUCAAAAUGCCACAUAUGAAAUUGCCAAAUGUUGAUAUAUCACCUCCAAAAGGAAAAACUGGAGAUGUUAAUGUACCUGCAUUCGAAAUUGAGGGAGAUGGAGGAAAAUUCAAGAUGCCACAUAAGAAAAUGCCAAAUAUUGCCAUAUCACUUCCCAAAGGAAAAGGUGGAGAGAUUGAAGGGCCAGACAUGGAAAUUCAGGGAGAAGGAGGAACAUUCAAGAUGCCACAUAUAAAAAUGCCAAAUAUUGAUUUAUCACUUCCCAAGGGAAAAAGUGGAGAGAUUGAAGGACCAGAGGUGGAAAUUGAAGGAGGGGGUGGAAAAUUCAAGAUGCCACAUAUGAAAAUGCCAAAUAUUGCCAUAUCACUUCCCAAAGGAAAAGGUGGAGAGAUUGAAGGGCCAGACAUGGAAAUUCAGGAAGAGGGAGGAAAAUUCAAGAUGCCACAUAUGAAAAUGCCAAAUAUUAAUUUAUCACUUCCCAAGGGAAAAAGUGGAGAGAUUGAAGGGCCAGACAUGGAAAUUCAGGGAGCGGGAGGAAAAUUCAAGAUGCCACAUAUGAUGAUACCAAACGUAGACUUAUCACUACCGAAGGGAAAGUCUGGAGACAUCAGUGCACCAGAAAUUGAAAUGGAAGGAGAAGGAGGAACAUUCAAGAUGCCACAUAUGAAAAUGCCAAAUAUUGAUUUAUCACUUCCCAAGGGAAAAAGUGGAGAGAUUGAAGGACCAGAGGUGGAAAUUGAAGGAGGGGGUGGAAAAUUCAAGAUGCCACAUAUGAAAAUGCCAAAUAUUGCCAUAUCACUUCCCAAAGGAAAAGGUGGAGAGAUUGAAGGGCCAGACAUGGAAAUUCAGGAAGAGGGAGGAAAAUUCAAGAUGCCACAUAUGAAAAUGCCAAAUAUUGAUAUAUCACUUCCAAAAAGAAAAAGUGGAGAGAUUGAAGGACCAGACAUGAAAAUUCAUGGAGAGGGAGGAAAAUUCAAGAUGCCACAAAUUAAAAUGCAAAAGGUAGACUUAUCAAUUUCGAAGGGAAAGUCUGGAGACAUCAGUGCACCAGAAAUGGAAAUGGAAGGAGAUAAAUUCAAGAGGCCACAUAUGAAAAUGCCAAAUAUUCAUAUAUCACUUCCAAAAGGAAAAACUGGUGAUGUUAAUGCAACUGAAUCGGAAAUUGAGGGAGAUGAAGGAAAAUUCCAGAUGCCACAUAUGAAAAUGCCAAACAUUGAUAUAGCACUUCCCAAAGGAAAAGGUGGAGAAAUUGAAGAACCAGAGAUGGAAAUUGAAGGAGGGGGCAGAAAAUUGAAGAUGCCACAUAUGAAAAUGCCAAAUGUUGAUAUAUCACUUCCAAAAGGAAAAACUGGAGAUGUUAAUGCACCUAAUUUGGAAAUUGAGGGAGAAGGAGGAAAAUUCAAGACGCCACAUAUGAAAAUGCCAAAGGUAGACAUAUCACUUCCAAAAGGAAAAACUGGAGAUGUUAAUGCACCUGAAUUGGAAAUGGAUGGUGAGGGUGGAAGAUAUAAGAUGCCAGAAAUCAAACUGCCAAAUAUAGAUAUUACAAUGCCAAAGGGAAAUUCUGGUGACAUUGAUGCUGAAAUUAAACAGCCCAAUGCUGAGGCAGAAGGAAAGAUAAAAAUGCCUUUGAUUGGUUUACCAAAGUAUACAACUCCCAACCUUGAUUUGGACAUGAAUGUUGGAAAACCCAACCAUGAAGCUGAGGUUCAUGGGAAAAGUUCAGACAAAACUGGUUCACAUUCUGAGGGAGACCAUAAGAUGAAAAUCAAAAUGCCAACGAUUGACAUAGAGUGCCCAAAAGGAGAUCUGGAGCUGGAUAUAGGCUUCCAUAAAGCUGAGGGAAAGAAGGACAGACAAAUAAUAGAGUUGCCUGACUUAGACCUUAAAACUUCUGAUACCAAAGGUAAGGGGCCAAAAGUCAAAGGCACCAAAUUCAAAAUUGUAAUACCAAAAAUGAAGAACAAUGGAGAUCAAGUAUUAGCUGCAGCCACAAAGAAGACUGGGAAAGAGAAUGAAGGGGCCAGUGGUAGAUUUAUGAUUAAGAAGACAAAGCUUGGCAAAGGUGCAGAUGUGGCGGCAGAUGCGAAGGCAGGUGGUUCUGUGUUGCCAAACAUCUCCCUCCCAGAUGUGGGCUUCUCAGUAUCCAAAGGAGCCAGCCAAGAGGAUGAACGUCAUGGUCCAGAGAUGAGUGCUAAAUUGCCAAAAUUCAAACUCCCUAAUGUGGAGAUCUCAGGUCUCAGAUCUCAGGUCAACAGCGGACAACAAGAAAACAAAGAUGGUAUCAAGUUUCAAAUGCCAAAGGUUACUCUACCGUCUGUGGGGCUAAAGAGCAAACAAGGCUCUGCCGAGCCCACUGGCACAGAUGCCAGCACAGAGAAUGGAUUCACAUUACCUAAUCUUGGAAUCAAAGUCCCCAAAAUACCAGAUAUAGACUUUGAUAUUGGAGCAUCUCAAGCUGAGGACCAAGGGGCAGAUACAAGUACAAGACAAAAAAUCAAAAUACCCAAGUUCGGGGUGGCUUUACCUGCUAUUUCUUCACCUGAAGCUAGAGUACAUUUAAAGGACCCAGAGGUUGAGUAUGAAGGCCCUAAAAUGCCCAAAGUUAAAAAAGCUGUAUUUGUUUUGGUGAAUCCCCAAACAGACCACUCCACUAUGUCCACUAUAUGUGAAGCAAGUGUAGAGUCUGGAGAGGCUAAAAUCAGAUUGCCAAAGAUCAAAAUGAAGCCAUCAUUUGGAAAGUCAGGAUCCAAGGAAAAGAGUGUUGCUUUGAGCAUUGAAGGAGACGUGGAUGGAGAUAACAAGUCAAAGGGAGCAAAGCAAAAAAUUCCCAAAGUCACCUUCUCUCCAGGCAAAACAGGUUCAUUUGAUGUAACCCUAAAAGGUGAGGGGUCUAGUUCCACCCUCAAUGGUAAGAAAGUUUCAACAUUCCAGAAUGGAUCCAAGGAGGAUAAAGCUAAGUUUGUGAAGCUCAAGCUUCCAAAGAUAGAGUUCUCAUCGCCAUAUUCAAAAAUAGGCAGCGGAGAAGAGGACCUUGAAAUAAGUGCUAAGCUUGUCAAGGAGUCCUCAGGAACUGACAGAGAAACCAAGGGGAAGAAAGUGAAAUCAGGCAAAAUGUCCUUCCCGGGAUUUAAGAAGAAGACAUCAAAAGGAGAGGAGGAAACUCAAGACAAUGUGGUGUCCUCGUCGGCCAGGACAGAAAUGCUAUAUCAGGAUAGUUCAGAAUCACCAACGCCCAUGGUCUCCAUUGGCUUUGCUCCAGGGAAGUCUAGGGGGCAGGCAGAGGCUGAGAGCAGCAAGAAGGAGCUGGAAGGAAAGCAGUCGACCUGGUUCAAGGCCCCCAAAUUCAACCUGAAACCCAACUCAACAGGAAUCCUCCUCAUUACACCAGAAGGUUCUCCCCAGGGCAGCAGAUCCUCGCUCCAAUGCCAGGGUGUAGAUGAAACUGCAGGUACCUUCCGGCUCCAGAUGCCAAGCAUGGGGUUCUCCACGCAGGAGGUGUCUGAGGAGAAUGUUACCACAACAAAGGAGGGAACCGUAACUGUGGUGACAAAGACGACAAAAAAUACGGUAACAGAGUCCAGAACUGGUCAAACCCACACAUCGCUAUCCCAUUGUAAUUACUGAAGUCCGAAGAGAUGUGAGAGUAAUAUAUUUUCCCUCUGUCCUGAUGUGACGACUGUUUUUGUAAAGGUUCCUCCAUGUUUUCUUUCUAUUUUAGUCUUCAUCAUCUUUGAUAAUUUGAGUGGUUUAAAUCUGAAUGUCAAUUCAUUAUGUAUUGUUGUUGAUAUCUUUUUUAUUCAAAAAUACCACACAUUUUAAUUUCCCAAAGGAAAUGUCUAUUUUCAAUGCCUUCCCAUUUGAUAUACCGACAUUUACUUUGGUAUGAUUGUAGAAUUAGACUGACAAAGAACACAAACCAAUUUACCAAAAGCAAUUUGUAUGUAAAUACAUUGACAUGUUGCCUGCUUACUUAAUGAAACAUGUAAUUAUUUUCAUAUUACCGAUGAUUGGAAUAGUAAUAAGGAUAGUAGUGAUUUGUGUUAAUGUAACUGAGGCUUGAGGAUGGUGUGAGAUUUGUGGUUUCAUCAUUUACUUACUUCAGCUUGUUUUUUCUUUUUGAUAUAUGAAGAUUUCUUGUAAUUAUACCAUACAUUGAAAUGUAAGAUUAAAGGCUUCUACAAUGCAA